AAAAAAGGUGAGUGAGCGCAGCGGGUCCAGUAGCAACAAAAACAGAACUUGUCGAUUUCCAAGCUGGGGGCCGGUGACAUCACCCCGCCUGUUCAUUGGUUUGUUUGCUCUUUGGCUCUAAAUGGCGAGUGCCGCCCCAGCCUCUGGCUCUGCGGCCACGGAGAAUCCAAACCCCAGCUCCAGCAGCUCAACUGCAACCGACAGUGGAAACCAAGAUAGUACCUUUGAGUGUAACAUUUGCUUGGACACCUCAAAGGAUGCAGUGAUCAGCCUUUGUGGACACCUUUUUUGUUGGCCCUGUUUGCAUCAGUGGUUGGAGACUAGACCAAAUAGACAGGUGUGCCCAGUUUGCAAAGCUGGUAUCAGCCGAGACAAAGUUAUCCCCUUAUAUGGACGGGGAAGUACAGGCCAGCAGGACCCAAGAGAGCGAACACCCCCACGACCACAAGGUCAAAGGCCUGAGCCAGAAAAUCGUGGUGGGUUUCAAGGAUUUGGCUUUGGAGAUGGAGGAUUUCAAAUGUCAUUUGGAAUUGGGGCCUUCCCAUUUGGUAUUUUUGCUACUGCCUUUAACAUCAAUGAUGGAAGACCUCCACCAGCUGCCCCUGGGACACCACAACACAUGGAUGAACAGUUUCUUUCUAGGCUAUUCCUCUUCGUCGCUUUGGUGAUUAUGUUUUGGCUGUUAAUUGCAUGAAUAAACUGUACAGCUGAUAAAAGGCCUUUAUUAAAGAACAACCCACAAGAAAGAUCUGAAAGGCAUAGUGAUCAAAAUGAUAAUACAUUAACACUACUUGCAUCUUUUUGUCUGCUUACCUUAAAGUUUUGGUAGUGGCCUAAUUAAUAUGGUUGUUGUCCCCCCCCCCCACGAUUCAAGGCCCAGAACGUAACUUUAAUGUAUUCUCGCCCCUAGCUAAAACGUUGUACCUCAAAGAAAUUAUGUACUCCCAUAAAUGCACAUGCAGCAAACACUUUAGUGCGACCCAUCUUAACCACUCACAAGUGCUGCCACACUCUGCAUAUGCACUGAUCAGCCAAAACAUUCAAAUCACUGACAGAUGACUGAAUAACACUAUCUCAUUACAAUGGCACCUGUCAAGGGGUGGGAUAUAUUAGGCUGCAAGUUAAAAGUCAGUUCUUGAAGUUGAUGUGUUGGAAGCAGGAAAAAUGGGCAAGCAUAAAGAUCUGAACGACUUUGACAGGGGCAAAAUUGUGAUGGCUAGAUGACUGGGUCAGAGCAUCUCCAAAAUAGCCGUUCUUGUGGGGUGUUCCCGGUAUGCAGUGGUCAGUACAUACCAAAAGUGGUCCAAAGAAGGUCAGCCGGUGAACCAGCAACAGGGUCAUGGGCACCCAAGGCUCAUUGAUGCAUGUGGGGAGGAAGGCUAGCCCGUCUUGUCCGAUCCCACGGAAGCGCUACUGUAACUCAGAUUGCUGAAAAAGUUAAUGCUGGCUAUGCCUGUCCAGGGUGUCUCCCCGCCUGCUGCCCAAUGACUGUCGGGAUAGGCUCCAGCAUCCCUGCAACCCUGAGCAGGAUAAGCGGUUUGGAUAAUGGAUGGAUGAUAGACAGGUGUCAGAACACAGUGCAUCACAGUUUGCUGCGUAUGGGGCUGCGUAGCCAAACUCUGGCCCCUGUCCACCAUCAAAAGCACCUACAUGGGCACUUGAGCGUCAGAACUAGACCAUGGAGCAAUGGAAGAAGGUGGCCAGGUCUGAUGAAUCACGUUUGCUUUUACAUCAUGUCAAUGGCUGGGUGCAUGUGCAUCGUUUACCUGGGGAAGAGGUGGCACCAGGAUGCACUAUGGCAAGAAGGCAAGCCGGUGGAGUCAGUGUGAAGCUCUGGGCAAUGUUCUGCGGGGAAACAUUGGGUGCUGACAUUCGUGUGGAUGUUUGACUUUGACACAUACCACCUACCUAAACAUUGUUGCAGACCAAGUACACCCCUUCAUGGCAACGGUAUUCCCUGAUGGCAGUGGCUUCUUUCAGCAGGAUAAUGUACCCAGGCACACUGUAAAAACUGUUCAGCAAUGGUUUGAGGAGCAUGACAAAGAGAUCAAGAUGUUGCCUUGGCCUCCAAAUCCCCGGAUCUCAGUCCAGCUGAGCAUCUGUGUGAUGUGCUGGAAAAAGAAGUCUGAUCCAUGGAGGCCCCACCGUGCAACGUACAGAACUUAAAGGACCUGCUGCUAACAUCUUGGGUGUCAGAUAGAGUCCAUGCCUCGACAGGUCAGAGCUGUUUUGGUGGCAUGAGGGGGACCUACACAAUAUUAGGCAGGUGGUUUCAAUGUUUUGGCUGAUCAGUGUAUUCAUAAAAAGGAAUAUUAGCUCAUCUUCCAGAUUGUGAAAUUUUUUUAUGUCAAUGCAUUAUAACACUGUAGACCUACAGACACAUUAUAACUCUAUAGGCUGUGGUUGCUAUUAAAUAUUAAACCAAAUGUUGAAAGCUAACAUCUGAAUUGCAGUUUGACAAGUUACUAGCAAAUACACAUUUGAUAAUACAACCACUUGUCCAUUAACGAUUAAUUUACAUCUAUGCAUUUCCAGGCCUUAAAGUAAUGUAAUGAGAUUUAAUUCUAUUGCUUCAAUGUUUCAAUGAAUGUGCAGCCACUGCUAUCUCCUCAUGAGCCACAAUCAUUGGAGUUCAAGUUGCUUCACUUCAUUUUGGAGAUUUCUUUGUUUACUCACACACUUCAGCUAACCUAAGUCAUAUGGAGCAUGAUGAAAAGAUUUACGGUCUCAGGUCAUCAUUCACAGAGAACCUUAUUCACUUUGUUUUAUGCGUCCUUGCCUACCAACACGGGGAUUCCGGUUCGAAUCCCCGCGUUACUUCCGGCUUGGUCGGGCGUCCCUACAGACACAAUUGGCCGUGUCUGCGGGUGGGAAGCUGGGUGUGAGUAUGUGUCCUGGUCGCUGCACUAGCGCCUCCUCUGGUCGGUCGGGGCGCCUGUUCGGGGGGUGCGGGGAUAGCGCGAUCCUCCCACGUGCUACGUCCCCCUGGUGAAACUCCUCACUGUCAGGUGUAAAGAAGCGGCUGGCGACUCCACAUGUAUCGGAGGAGGCAUGUGGUAGUCUGCAGCCCUCCCCGGAUCGGCAGAGGGGGGUGGAGCAGCGACCGGGACGGCUUGGAAGAGUGGGGUAAUUGGCCAGGUGCUGUUGGGGAGAAGAAUGGCGAACAAUACAAAAAAUAGACAAAGAAAAAAAUACGGGGGGAUGAUAGAGAAUUUUAGUGAUAAAGAAUUUAAAUUGAAAUGUAAUUGAAAAAAAUGAAGUGUUUUUUUACAAGUGACAUUUAAGUCUAGAAAGAACCUCACUUCCCUGCUUGUUUUUCCUGGCAGAUCUGUUGAAUAAUAACGGUAAUUGAACACUUUCAUUUUGCUGUGAUUUUUUCUGUGUACAAAUAUGCACAAAUUUCUUCACAUGUCUUUAUGUAAAUAGUUAUGUCAUUAUUUGAAGGACUACAAAUGUGUAUAAAAAAUGUAACUAAUUUAUGUAACACUCGAAAUUAUGCAUAUUGCCUGUUUGUUUGUUUUUGGUUGUCCAAAAAUAGUUGGGACAUGAAUUCUGUUAGAUGAGAAACGCAAGAUGAAAGACAGCGUGACGUGCAUGAGUAGCUGAAUGACAUUUAAACAAUGGUUCAUUUCCUUCACUUCGACUGUCAGUGUAAUUAAAUGUAAAAUACUGUAGAAUAUUGAAGUUUAAACGUGAAUCAGUUGUCUGAAAUACUAAACAGUUCAAAAUGUGAACUUCAAUCUGUUCAUGUUCUGUACAUACAAUCCUGGGGUUCUUGAUUAACUGCUGUUAAUCGCUUAUCUGAAAUAAAUACCACAAAACACAGUUGAUUA